AUGCGACAGAACCUGACCUCACCAGACAGCAACAUGUCUUCACAUGACGAGUUUCCCCCACGCGCCGACCUCCUCGAGAUGAUGGCCCAGCAACCGCUUCCCCAGCUUGCUCCCGAAUUGAUAGAUCCGACUUCAAUGACCGGUGAUGAGCCAACUAGGCAAGCUCAGAUCGUGUUGGAUGGUCUGAACGCUGCACUGGCCGCGAAUGAUGCGGGGUCGCUCAAGAGUUGCUUCCUGGGAGACGAGGCAUAUUGGAAGGACCAGCUCGCACUGACCUACCACUUGCGCACGUUCAAAACAUCGGAUAUCAUUGCUACUAGUCUGCUGGAGACCAGCAGUCUGAGGGCCAUCAAAGGAGAUAUCAAGGUCAAUGGUGGUGCGAUGUUCAUCCCCGCCACACCAGUUCUUCAAUUUAUCGAUUGUCAGAUUGUGUUCGAGACUAGCUCACCUGCCGCUACCUGUCGUGGAAAGGUGGUUCUUCUGCCAGUCAAGGGCUCCGACCAGACAAUCCAGUGGAAGAUCUGGGUUUUGAGUACUAUCCUUCAAGACUUGGAUAUCCAGAAAGAAGACGAGAGUCUACUUCCAUCUCCCGGAAGACAGCUCGAUGGGCUAGAAGAUGUCGAGACCGAUGUCUUCAUUAUUGGUGGUGGAAACGCUGCCAUUGCGCUCGCAGCACGCCUCAAAGCUCUUGGUAUCGAGAGCAUUAUGGCCGAGCGAAAUGCUCAUGCAGGCGAUAACUGGGCCCUCCGCUACGAUUGCAUGCGGUUUCAUAUCCCAACCUCGUUCUGCCACCUGCCCUAUAUGAGAUAUGACAAGGAGCUUUUGGCUCCUCACAUGCUUUCAAAAGAUGACUUAGCUUCUCAGGUCCGACGAUACGUCGAGUCUUUCAACCUUAACAUGAUCACCUCGGCACAAGUUCGAUCAACAGAAUAUGAUAUCGCGACCGCACGAUGGGUUGUCGAGCUUCAAACACCCGCUGGUCAACGCAAAAUUGUCUCCAAGCAUAUUGUUAUGGCUACAGGCAUUGGCUCUCAAAAGAUUAACCUUCCAUCGAUAGCAGACAAUCACCUGUACGCGGGCACAAGUCUCCACUCGGCGCACUUCAAGAAUGCCGAAAAACUGAAGGAGAAGGGGGUAAAGUCCGUCAUCGUAAUCGGAUCCGCUAACACAGCAUUCGACGUUAUGGAGAAUUGCCAUGCCGCAGGACUUCAAACGACGAUGAACGUGCGAUCUCCUACAUACAUUGUCCCCGUGGACUAUGUCUGUAACCCAGUCAGUCUAGGCGCUUAUGAUACAGACGUCGAGUUCGCAGAUAAUCUUUUCAUGACCCUGCCGACAUCUGUGGAUGCUCAACUAGCCCGCAAUCUGUUCACACAUUUUGCAACUGAGGAGCCUGAUCGAUACAAAUCCCUGGAAGAGGCCGGAUUCCCUGUUCUGGACAGUGCACACCCCAAGUGUGCAUUGAUGCAUAAUCUGAUUGAGCGUGGCGGUGGACACUACGUCGAUGUGGGUGGAACCAAGCUUCUAGAGGAAGGAAAGGUCGACAUCAAAGCUCACGUCGAGCCUAUUGCUUAUACGACAACUGGGCUGCGGUUCUCAGAUGGCAGUUGCGUUGAUGCGGAUGCCAUCAUUUGGUGCACCGGAUUCGCCGAUAAGAAUGUGCGUGACACGGCCACGGAAAUAUUGGGCAGCUCGCCCGUUCAGAGUACCAGUGAUAGCCACAUUCUCAAUUCCCAGGAGAUCGCAGCCCGCCUUGAUGCGACAUGGGGCAUUGAUGCCGAGGGUGAGAUCCGUGGCUUGUGGAAGAGGCAAUCACGUCUUGACAACUUUUGGGUCAUGGGUGGCUAUACGCAGCAACACCGUUGGCACUCGCGCACGCUUGCUUUGCAAAUAAAGGCUGCGUUGGAAGGAGUCCUGCCCCCGGCAUACCGUUAUACCCCAACCCCAUUAUUGACACAAUCGGCAUUGCAGCGCUUUUGGGGAGGCUUGGCCCAGUAUAUGAAUGUUGCAUCCGCCUAG